UAUAAAAGGAAGCCUUCCUCCUCCACAGCAGUCCGAGUCCCAUCCACAGCAUCCUUUCAACCAUGUCUUUCGGUACUAUCUACGGUAUUCAAGGAUCCUUCCGCGUCGACGCUGUCGUCCUCGCCGCUCAGAAGAGUGGUGUCAAGGUUGACGUUGUUAACGUCUUCCCCCAUCAAUUCCCUGAGGAUAUCGCUGCCAAGUUCCCUCAACAAAAGUCCCCCGCCUUCCUCGGUGCCGACGGUUUUGCUUUGACUGAGACCAUUGCCAUUGCUAUUUACCUCGCUUCCCAAGCCCCCAAUGCUCCCAUUUUGGGUACCACCGAGAAGGCCCGUGCCAAGGCCUUGCAAUGGGCCUCUUUCGCCAACAGCGAGCUCAUCCGUGCUUUCGCUCAAUGGAUGCUCGGCCGCCACGGUAUCCUUCCUUACAACGCUGCUGCCGAGAAGGAGAGCAAGCAACAAACCUUUGCUCUCUUCGACUUCCUCAACAAGGAGCUUGCCGACAAGACUUACCUCGCUGGCGACCGUCUUACCAUUGGUGACAUCUUUGUUGCUUCCUUUUUGAACGCUCUUUUCCGCACCGUUUUCACCAAGGCCGAGCUUGCCAAGUACGGUAACGUCCAACGUUACUUCACCACCAUGUACUACCAAACUGGUCUUGACUCCCUCCACGGUGAGUUGACCAUUGUUGACACCUCUAUUCCCGUCCCCAAGGUCGAGAAGCCCAAGGCUGAGAAGCCUAAGGCCCAAAAGAAGGCUGCCGCUGAGAAGCCCAAGCCUGCUGCUGCUGAGCAAGCCGCCCCCAAGCCCAAGCACCCCUUGGCCGGUUUGCCCAACGGCAACUUCAACAUUGAGGAGUUCAAGCGUGUCUACUCCAACAAGGACACUCGUGGUGAGGCUCUUCCUUACUUCUUUGACCACUUUGACCCCGAGAACUACUCCGUCUGGAAGAUCGACUAUGCCUUCCCUGACGACUUGAAGCAACCCGUCUUCAUGACCAACAACCUCAUCGGUGGUUUCUUCCAACGUCUCCAAGCUUCCCUCAAGUUCAUCUUCGGUUGCUGUGUCGUUAUCGGUGAGAACGGUGACAACACCAUCACUGGUGCCUUCGUCAUCAAGGGCCAAGACCACGUCCCUGCCUUCGAUGUCGCCCCCGACUGGGAGUCCUACACCUUCACCAAGUUGGACGCCAGCAAGCCCGAGGACAAGGCUUUCAUUGAGGAUGCCUGGGCUUGGGACAAGCCUAUUGCCGGCCGCGAGGUUGCUGACGGCAAGGUCUGCAAGUAGACAGACACUCUUUCAUGUAACCCAAACAACGCUUGUACCACUAGCGAAAUAUGCCGCCCUUUUUGGAGUGCAGGGAUUUGCACUUGUAGAAGCAACCCGUCGAGAUGGUUGGUUGCGCUGACAGUAGCGGAUACGACUUUUGGUAAUCUGUUACUGGUAAUUGGUUAAUGUUUGUGGAUGAUGUAUAUGACAAAUAAAUAUUUACUUUUUUAUGAGGAUAAGA